AUUAUGUCGCCUCUCCAGCAGCAGCAAGGUGUAAUGGGCUUCAGAGUUCCCAGGAAAGUGGGGGAUGUGUCUUUCCUCGGACUCAGAAACUCUGGGGGCCCCUCCCCCACUCCUUCAAAUUACCUGCAUUUACUGCCCAGAAAGAAAUGGCACCUGGAGGCAGUUCUGACAGGCCUCGCUGCCAAGCCCAGGAAAAAGCUGCCUCUUCUUGGUGGAACCACCUCCACGUGUUCUCUGGGACCUGCACGAAUAGGCACCCAGUCACACCCAUCAUGCCCAGGGGCCAGGCAGGGCGGAGGCCUCCUCCGGCCGAGAGAAGAGCCCAGGUCCCCCUGCCCUGGUGGGUCUCACCCUGCAGAGGCGCCCAGGCCAGGCCACCAUCACAUCCAGCCACCAUCACAUCCAGCCUGGAGGUCGGCGCUCUGGUCCAAAGCUGCGGACUCGCCAUUUAGAUGUCGGCGCCUUUCACCCGGCUGUCCCCGCUGUCUUUCCUGGUGCGACAUGUGCCAGCAGUGGCGCCCCCCGCCCCGCCCCGCCCCGCCCCGCAGAGGCCUCUGGGGUUGACAUGCCGCAGUCCGGACAUGGCCACACGGCCCCCCCCCCCCCCCCGCGGCCAGGAGAGGCAAGCGGCAUCCGCUACCAGAGCAACCCUCCGGGGCGACGGGACCCCGGCUGGCCUCGGCCUUCUCAAGGCGCCCAGGAGCCGCGCCGGGCAGGUCGCUUCCCGGGGCCCUCGGGGCAGGAGGAAGCCCCCACCCCACCUCCGGCCAGGGCAGAACAGAGCAGGGGGCAGGCCCUGCCUCCGCCGGCCCUUAUAGGCGCGAGGCCGGCAGGACAAGGUCCCUGCCCCGCGGAGCUUGCGCGCGGCGGCCCGAUGGAUCUGCGCCUGCGGAAUGCGGCCUUUUGGGCCAGCCUGCCUCGACGGCGCGGCCCUGUCUCGGGGCCGACCGGCGAGCGCUCGCCUGAAGGUAGGGCACCUGGGGUACCGGCGGGGCCUGUGCGGAGUGCGAGAAGCCCCUGGGGCCGAGGCGGCUCUCCCAGCCCUCUGGGCGGCCCCGACCCAGCCCCCCGGCCCGUGGUCGACGAGCUUCUCUGCCGUCCCCUCCGCAGAGGCCGAGACCCAGCCGCACCUGUGGAGGUGGGUGGAUCCCAACCGGGUCUGUCCCAUCGCCGGACGCCCGGGCCCCGCCGCCUGCCGUCGGGAGGAAGCGCUCUCGUCGCUCGGCCGAGGAGCCCAGGUGCCGCCGGCGGAGGAGACGACCUGCCUGGCGGGAACCCCCCGGCCGUUGGGCCGCAGACGAAGGGGCCUGGUCCGUUGGCGGGGCCGGAGGCAGAAGAGGGCGGCGGGCGGCUGGCCUCCCCCGCCGCUCCACUACAGCCUCCUCAUCAGCCUGGCCCUGAGCCGCGGCGCACACGGCAGCCUGGCCGUGCGGCAGAUCUACCAGUUCGUGCGGCACCACUUCCCGUUCUUCCGCACGGCUCCGGGGGGCUGGAAGAACACCGUCCGCCACAACCUGUGCUUCAGCAGCAGCUUCCAGAAGACCGCAGAGUUUGUGUGCCUGGAAGGGAACCGCAAGUCCCGCCUGUGGCAGCUGACCCCCGAGGGGCGCCACAAGCUCCGGGCAGAGCUGCAGGCCCUGUCGGAGGCCCAGGUGGGGCUGCUGCGUCAGAGCACGGACCGGCCAGAACUGGUGAAGUCUCUCUUUGGGCUUUGACCCAGCCUGUGAACGUGUGGAGAAUACCACCUUUGCCUGGCUGCACUGAUGUCCUCACCAGCGAUGACAGGAAGGAGGGUCUCUGCUGCACGGAGCUGCCGAGCCCGCCCCGGCUUCCUCCAGAAGGGCAGAGGGUUGUUUCCCAAGUGAGAAUGUUUGUGCCCACAAGGCCCCCAUAUGGCUGCUGCCUUUCUGCCCAUGCAGUCCUCUGGUCUUCUAUGGUAGGAGGAGGAAUGGCAGGGCAGAGGGCAGGCGGUUUCUGCCAUUUGUGGUCCCUGCAGGGAGGCAGGGAAUGGGGGUGGGGUGGCCUUGUUUUAUUUGGGGGUACUUUGAAGUAAAAAUGUGCAGUGA